CGACCGUUUCUUUUGGGCGGAAAUCACUAAAGGGGGAGAGGAGAGGAGAAGAGAGCAACCCCAAAAGCUUGUAUACGUUUUGGAAGGGGCUUUUUGGGCCGGAGGGAGCUCCGCCUGGGCCAGGGCAAGAAACUGCGGCGGGGACGGGCUGGUGCAGCUGCAAAAAGAAAGAAAAGGGGAAAAAAAGGCGGCCACGGGAGAGGGAGAUGGGGGGGAGGGGGAAACUGCUGGGCUGAGAGGAGUUUCUCCGAAGUUUUCCCCCGCAUAAACGAAGAAGGAGGGGCAAGAAGUUUCUCGGUGGGCCUCCAAGGAAAUGCCAAGGGUCGUGUGUUAAGUCUCGUCGAAAAGGGGAGUGCGAAGCUCUCUGUUACUCGGAGGAGAGAGCUGGCAGAUGUCCCAAGCGAGAGAACCUCUUCCUCCGGGGCCUGAAGGGCCAGAGCGUGGAGCGCCGGCUGGAAACUGCUUUUUGAUCUCGCUCCCUCGAGAGAACUAUGAUGGAGACAGAACAUCUUUAGGAGAGACAACUGUAACAAAUCCUUCAGAUAACCAAAGUGAAGCAUCAGAUACACAAAACCAGCCUGUCUGGGGAAGUUGCACUGAUGAUGACCUCAUCAGAACACAACCACAGCGUUUGCCUCAACCAAAUGUCGUGCCACGUGAAAAGUGUCAGGAGGAAACUGGCAAAAUACAAAAUGGCCAUGCUGGUCUGAGUAAUGGGAGUGGAUUUCGCAAUGGAGUUAAACAUAGUGCAUCAGAUAACAGCAGGAAAUUCUCAGCUCCUGUCUCACAAAAAAUGCACAGAAAGAUUCAGUCCAGCUUGUCUGUCAACAGUGAAAUCAGCAAGAAAAGCUCUGCAUAUUCUCAUAAGCCAGGUUCUUUACCUGAAGAUUGCUGUGUGCACUGCAUCCUGGCCUGCUUGUUCUGUGAAUUUGUCACUCUCUGCAGCCUUGUCCUGGGACAAGCAUCCUGCGGUGUCUGCCCGGCAGAGGCUUGCUGCUGCUGCUGUGGGGAGGAAAUGGGAGAUGACUGCAAUUGCCCGUGUGACAUGGACUGUGGGAUAAUGGAUGCCUGUUGUGAAUCAUCAGACUGUUUGGAAAUCUGCAUGGAAUGCUGUGGGAUUUGUUUCCCAUCGUGAUAAGUUUAUUUAUCCCUUGUAUUUUUUAAUAUCUUGUUUUAAAAACAAGCAUGUCAGUGUUGUUAUACUUGGAAUUUUUUUUUCUUUUAACAAGCCCUUUCAGAGGACACUGUUAAAUGCUCUUACAGCAACCUAGUUAUAUGCACUGUUAACUUUAUAUUAAAGAACUUUUGAAGAAACAUAUAUAUAUAUAUAUAUCCAUAAGAACAAUGCUUGAUGGUCUAAUAUUCAGAACCUGAUUAUUAUCUCUGUUAAAUUUUUCUAACACAGGUGAAAUAACCAUUUGCUUGUUGUACAUGGAUUAAAAUUUUAGGACUGAGCCCUUUAAAAUUAUCUGAGUUUUUUUAUUUUUUGUUUUAUUUUGCUGUGUUUUAAAGAGUUGAUCACAUUAACAAACAAGUUUGUAGAAGAGACCAAAGCAGCAGGGUUGGAGCAAAUGCAUAUGUUCUCCAGCAAAAUAAAAAUAACUCCUUGUGGGAUUUCCACUUUAAUUAUUUUCUCAGUGGCAGGUAAUUGUAAUAACUUCAAUGUUAAAAUAACUAUUUUUCUUAAUAAAAUUCUAUAUCCUUUCUGUUUUAGCUGCAAUGUGAAGAAAUGUUUUCUUGACUAUUUACAUAAUUUAAUUCUUCAAUAGUGCUUCAAUAACGAAUGAUCUGGUUCAUAUUUUACAAUGUAAUUCUGUAUGAGGCUCUUUAAGAGUAAGCAGGUAAGCUGGUAUACGAUUUUAUCCUUAAAGGUUAAUUACUCUUACCAAAUUUUAUACUACAUAGAAUAAGUUAAAAGGUAUUCAUUAUGAACCUGAGGAUUCUAUAAGGAACAACUACACACUCCCCCAAGACCCUCUCUCCCAGUCCUGUCUGUAAGCUGUUAUACCUGGUGUUUAGAUUCAGGACCAGAAACUUACUUUUUAAAACUUGACUGAUGGGUACAAAAUCAAGAAUGCAGAAUUACUGGGUUGCCUGAAUGAGAAUGAGUCUAGCUGUAUGGGAAUUGUUUCUCUAUGAAAAGAAGUAAAAAAAGAUUUAAAUGGAUUUUUAAUAUAUGUUUAAAAAGUGUGUAAACGUUUGAUACACAGUAUUUGAAGUUCUUUAAGGGGGAAGAAUAUGUGACUUAAAAUGAUAGCUUUCUAGGUAUGAAUUUUUAGAAAGAUACUAAAGAUUUGUACAAAAUUGUUCUUGUGGCAUAAUCAAAUUACGGACCAAUAUAAUGGUGCUCAUUUAUCUAAACCUCUUGUGAGAUUUCCCUGCAAUUUAAGUCAAUUUAAAUAAACUACUUGAGUAUCCAGAAUUUUUGGUUUGCCAAAAUUUCCCUGUAACCCAUUGCCGUUGUUCCUCUGUAGCCAAUCUAUAGACCACUUUUUAAAUGUGUGUUUGUGUGUGUACACACACACACACACACACACACACACACACACACACACACACACACCGUUUAAAAUUGGUCUAUAGAGUGUCAGUUUUUCCUUUGCCAACAUAGCAAACAAAAAUUCCAGAAAAAUGAAUAGUCUGAAUUUAUAAACACUGAUUUACUUACUACUGACUUGUUACUGAAAAAGAAACUUAAACAGAUAAGUUUGUCUUCUCUGGUACUACUUGUUUGCUUCACGCUAUGUACAGGGAAUGUCUUUCCCUCUUCUUGUAGCUGUUUCCAUUUACUGCUGCUACAGCUAUAAGAUUAGAUUCUGAUGUUUUAUCCAUUGCACUUCAAAGUUUUUUUUUU